CAACCUGCGGCGCCGUUUUUCGUUCGAUCGGAGUUUUAAUUCCUUUCCUCUCUCUAUCCUUCUGCGUUCAAAUACCCAUGGGAAAGCGAAUACCACGCGGGCUUACAGGACCGGCAUGCUGACGGAGCACCGCAUUCGUUGCAAUGUUCAACAAUGGCGCCCACUAUUCUUUGAAGAUACCCGGCGAACAGAUCGGACGAUGACACCAACAUCGAUCCACGAGCCAGUCAUUCUUUGUUCUUGCCUUAUUUUUCUUUUCCUCGACCUAAUAAUGUCGACUCGCCCCUUGUAUAUUGGGGUUUUGCUUGCUUGGAGUGGGCGAUGUAUAUUGUUGCAUUAUCUCUCAAUUGCCCCCACCCACCCCUUUUAUUCUCUCUUUUGUUUCUCGAUUUUGGAGUUGCCUUUUCCAUUUUCAGUUUAAUCAUGUUGCAUCUGGCCGCUUGGCACAUGGUCCGUGGAUCGCGGCGUUACAAAUGUUGGAUCAGUCCUUUCUCACUGCAUGCUCAUUUUCUCUCAUCAGUUGCAGUUUGUUAUAAUACCUGCGGUUAUUCACAGCGGUUUUAAGAGGAGGAUGAAGGAAUGUCGGGUUCACGAUGUCGGCCAAUACCCU